UUCAUGAAAAUCUAGAUUUAUUACUUAAAAAAAAAAAAAACCAAAAUAUCCUAAUUGAUCUUUUGAUAUGCAGCUCCCAAGAUGUGCAACAGUAGCAUCAUCGUCACAUCUACAGCUUGGCCUUGAAGCCCUAACCAUAUGUCCAAAGAAGAACCAAACUGAAAAGCAUUGCAAUUCUUGCAUGAUGACUUCAAGCGUUGUUUCCCCUUCGGCUUCUUCUUUGGUCGGUGAUUACAUUGGCAUGGAGAGUUGCUUUGAUCUCGACAAUAACAAAGACGUUUGUGUUGGUGGUGAUAAGGAUACUAAUGAGUAUUAUUCUGGGGUUUGCAGUGAAAGCCGUGGGAAGCGAGAACAACGGUGUAGGAGGUUGAUUAAAAGAGAGUUUCCUCCGCCAAUACCGUCGCUUGCUUCCACCGAGAGUCUGCCUUCUCAUAUGCCUUGGGUGCUGAAAAGGUAUUACACUAGUGAUGGGCGGUUGAUUCUUAGAGAAGAGAAGGUAAGACACCAGGAAUAUUUCCGGGCUCACCGAUCCAAUGGUCGUUUAACAUUGCAUCUUGUUCCCUUGGAUGACGAUGAGAUUGAUGAUAUUGAGGAUCAUGAGAUUGAUCAUGAAGAAGCACAGGAAGAGGCUGACCAAGUCAAUGUUUAUGACAAUGACAUCAACGACAUUAUGAACAACGCCGAGGAUGAUCAUGAGAGUAACUUUGUUGAAACGUUGCUUAAAGACAAUGAUAUUCCUGUGAUUGAAGAUUCAAUAGUAAAAUGUUCAAUCGCUGAGACUCCAAUUGAGAAUGGGAUUACAGCAAAUGGAGGAAAGUGCUUGAACUGCAGCAGUGUAAGAGCAAGUCCCUCAUGUUUUCUCGGUUUGCCAGUGCCAGCAAUCAGGCCAGUUCACACUUAGGUAACAACAACCCUUCAAAAAGAGUCAAAAUGAGGACUUUUAUGGGAUAAAUGGAAAUAUGGACGGUUAAGCAACUUUAGGCUUAGAUGCCUUUUAUUUAUUUUUUCUAUUUUUCCCCAAAAUUUCCCCAUUUUUUCCCUUUUUGGGUGGUCAUAUUCAUUGAUGUGAUAAGAGUGAGUUGUCCUUUUCAACCCCUUUUUUAAAAUUAGUGAUAGAGGCUUCAAAGGGUAUGAACUUGUUAGAGUUUCGUUUUCUCUGGUUAUUGUAGAUUUUUCAUUUGUUAUUGAUAAAUAUUUUUUGGGUUUUUCUUUUUUAUUUUUUUCCCUUUCUUGGAUUUAUCUAGCUGUCCAUCCCAUGUCUAGAUUAUUCGAUGCC